AUGGCAUACAGCGAAUACUCAGACUAUUCAGAAUCAGAAGACGAAUAUGCUCCCCUUCAAAUGUCAGGUUGGGGUACUCAAAAAGUCACUGAAGAAGGCAGAACUGAAGUCAAUGUGAGCAUGGACGAUUGGGCUUCUCUCAUUGAUCCAUCUGUCAAACUCAAAUCAAACGGAAUUGGUACUGGUCAGCUUCACCGUCAAGGUAAAAAUUUCAAGCCAGUUGAUGAGCAGCUUAUUUUGGAUCGAAGAUUGGGUAAGCCUUUACCUAAAGGUGGUUUAAAUGGUGGAAAGAAGAAAAAGAAGAGUAAAUCAGGACAACAACCACCACCACCGCCACAGCAACAACAACAACAACAAAAGCAGCAGCAAAAGCAGCAGCAAAAGGUACCCAAAGCACCCAAAGCAACCAAGCCUUCAAAGCCUUUAUUGGUUGCUCCACGUAGACCUCCUGUUAAAGCUGGAUCAAAUUCUUGGGCUACAGACAAGUUGGUGGAGACACCUUUCUGGAACAAUCCUAAUGGAAGUUCUGCCUCAAAAUAUGCUCCAUCUCAACCAUCUCAACCAUCCCAGCAUCAACAGCCACAACAGCAGUUUACUCAAACUUGGGGACAACAACCCCAUUCUCAACCUCAACAGCAACAACAAUGGAACCAACAACAACAACAGCAGCAACAGCAACCACAAGUCCCAAGUUGGAACCAACCUCAAACUCAGCAAACUCCUUCUUGGCAACAACAACCUUUGGGCACUAUGGCGUCCAAAUAUGCCACUGCUGAUCCCUCGCAGCCUCCUGUUCAAACACAACAUCCUCAAUACCAACAACAACAACAACAACACUAUAUGCCUCCUGCUGCUCCCAAGACACCUUGUCUUACUUUUAAGAUCGAAUUGGCUCCAGGCGUAACGGCAAACUUGCCUAUAUAUCCCAAUGAUAAUCCUUCAGAUGUUGUUAGUCAAUUCGAAAAGAAUCAUCACCUUGUUAUGUCAGACGCUGCUAAGACCAGAUUCGCAGAAAGAGUAGCUAUGCUGUUAUCUCAAUACAAUAAAUAA